AUGUCUCCAUCCAAGAUAACCGACCAGCGAGCAAAGUAUCGCAUCGGAGUCGACGUCGGAGGAACCAACACUGAUGCUGUUCUGAUCUCUCUUGACCCCGUGUCAAUCCUAACGUCCCACAAAGCACCUACCACUGCCGAUAUCACCACCGGCAUCACCAACGCCGUGCAGGCAGUGAUAGAUUCAUACGGCGCCCACCCAUCCUCCAUCGCCUGCGUCAUCAUCGGAACAACACAUUUCCUCAACGCUGUGAUACAGCGCUCAGCCGCACUCCAGCCCGUGAGCGUUGUGAGAUUAUGCGGAGGACCUAAGCAAGGGUUCGGGCGCGACUUGCCUCCAUUCGUUGAUUUUCCCCCUGAUUUGAGAGCAAAGAUCGAAUCCCGGUCAUUCUUCUGUCAUGGAGGCUAUCAGAUAUCCGGGGAGGAAAUCAGUCCCCUAGACGAAGCUGAGAUCAGAGAUGUUGCUAAGCAACUGGCCGAGGCACAGUCUUCUAAUAUUGUUCUCUCUGGGAUGUACGCGCCCAUGAAUGCCGCCCAGGAAAUCCAAGCAAAGAAGAUCCUGUUGGGCAUCCUAAAGCAAACAAAGAGUCAUUGUUCGAAAAUCCGGAUCACAAUGUCACAUGAAAUUUCGCAACUUGGCUUCCUGUCCCGGGAGAACGCUGCAAUCCUGAACGCCACGCUGCGGUUUCUUGCAGAAAAGACGAUCCGCGGCUUCCAAAAGGCUGUGAAAGAAAUCUUCAAAAAUGAGCCGUGUUCUCUGUACCUCACACAGAACGAUGGUAGUGUCCUCAGAGCGAUCGAAGCUGUCGACCUGCCGAUCCGGACCUUCAACUCCGGGCCGACAAACUCCAUCCGAGGAGGCGAGUUCCUCUGGCGAGCCGCGAUGCAGAAGGAAGGCGGCGCGGACGCGAAGCGGGAGGAUGCUCUGGUCGUUGUCGACAUCGGCGGCACUACGUCGGACAGCGGGCUCUUACUCGCUAACGGCCUUCCUAUGAUGAGCUCCCUUACCAGCUUCGUCGGCGGAGUGCGCACAAAUUUUGCGCUCCCCGCGGUCGAGAGUAUUGGUUUGGGUGGAGGGAGUGUUGUUCGAGAGACGGACGGCGGAGAUGUUACCAUUGGACCAGACAGCGUCGCCCUGGACUUGUUAUCCAAGGCUCGAUUGUUCGGCGGCGAGACUCUCACUACCUCAGACGUGGCAGUAGCUGCCGACAGAGAGAUCAAUCCAUUUGCGAGUGUCGGGGGCGACCCAGCUCGUCUAUCUGAUAUCAGUGAGGAUCUUAUUCAAAAGGCCAGGGAUACGGCACGGCGAAUGUUGGAAGAGCUCAUCGACAGGACAAAAAUACAAAAGGGCCCUGUCGACGUCCUAAUAGUCGGCGGUGGUUCCCUUAUCAUCGAUGCCAGUCAGUCUUUCAGCGGCGUGCGAGCGAUACGGACCGUCAACGGGGGCGAGGUCGCAAAUGCCGUCGGGGCAGCAAUCUCCCGGGUUUCUGCAGUUGUCGACACUGUUGUCGACACCUCGAACCAAACCGUGAAACAGGCUCAAGAGAAGGUCAGUGCCCUGGCAAUUGAGAAGGUCGUCGUGCAGGGCGCACAAGAAGGGACGGUGGAAGUUGCCGAAGUCAGCAUCCUACCUAUCCAGUAUGCAGACUCCAAAGCCCGUAUUGUUACGCGAGCGAUCGGAGAGCUGGACACCGUGGUGGCUUCGACCACGAAUGAUGAAAGCGCUGAUGAAAUCCCCUUCGAAAUCUCCGAUAUCCAAGAAAACGGCCAAGCGGUUGGGAACACUCCUGACGCAGUUGAUGUCGAAACUUCUACGCGAGCUGACCCAAGCUCAUAUCGCCCGCUCGUCAAAGACGGUCAAUGGAUCGUUUCCUCUACUGACCUGGAAUAUAUCGCUGCAGGCUGCAAGGUACUCGGCUGCGGCGGUGGAGGAGAUCCAUACCAGGAAUGCCUCAAGGCGCAGGCCAUCCUCAAGGAUUCUCCCGGUUCCAUCAGAGUAGUGUCGGCCUCUCAGCUUGCAGAUGACGCCUUGGUCGGCUGGACUGCUUGCAUCGGCAGCCCAGAGGUCAGCAUGGAACGGCUGGAAAACAACGAGUGCCUUCAGGCUCAUGAAGAGCUCAUGAGGGCCACUGGCAGCCGCCCUGUUUCGGCAUUCAUGGCAGCAGAGAUCGGGGGUGGCAAUGGUGUUGUCAAUCUUGGGGUUGCUGCGCAGAAAAACGUGCCGUGCGUCGACGCCGACUGGAUGGGCCGCGCCUAUCCGACCAUGUACCAAGUGACAGCCAAUGUGUUUGGUACACCCAAAGGAGAAGCUUUGGUCCCUACUGCGAUUGCGAGCGGUGAUGGGACAAUGGUUACAAUGACAGAUACCCGUACCGACCAGAUGGUCGACAAGACUCUGCGUGCCGCUUGUGUGGUUAUGGGAUGUCGUGCAGGCAACGCCGGACCACCGAAGACUGCCAAGGUGGUCCAAGAUCAGGCGAUAUCAGGCACCGUUUCACUAGCCUGGUGGAUUGGCCGUGCUAUUGCGACAGAGAAGAGCAUCACUGACAGGACUCGGUCGAUCAUUGACGCUGUUGGAGGGCCACAAAGUGCGGCAGUGCUGGCAGAAGGCAAGAUUAUUAAUGUCGAGCGUGUUUUAAAGACUGGGCACACGUACGGCGUGCUCGAGGUCGAUGGUAAACUUAGCGAUGGAACGAAGGCCAUCAUCAAAAUUCCGUUCAAGAACGAGAAUGCAUACGUUGAGGCUUCUGGGUUAGACGGAGGUAGCUCCACGAUUCUCGCCUCUGUGCCCGACCUGAUUGCGGUUAUCGACGCCGAGACGGGCGCUGGGUUAGGGACGCCCGAGUACAAGUAUGGCUUGCGAGUAAUUGUCAUGGCCAUGGCAGCAUCUCCAAGAUGGACUGGGUCACAACGGGGGAUGGAACUUGGUGGCCCAGGAUCUAUGGGGUUCGGACACAUUGAGCACAAGUCGAUUGGAGUUUAUAGACAGUCACGCAGUGUCAUCGAUGCCUUUUCAGAAUAG